GAAGGAUCCUUCUUCUCUUCCUCUCUGCCUAGUUCUUCCGCUCUGGCGUGCCUCACUUCCCAUCAUACACCUCACUCGGAAGAGACCACAGAGAAGCGGCACAAGCUAGACUGUCUCUUACAUGGGGCCUGAUGGAGGUGACUUACAAUAUCUCAUCGAGUCUCAACCAAUUCAACAUAGUUUGUGGCAGCCACAAAAACGAAGUUUCUGGAGUAUAACAACUACUUUCAAAUGAAGGGAAGAUUUUGUGACAAUUGAAAGCUUCCACUUCCAAGCAUGCCAUCACUAUCACUUAAUUCUGCUCGAAAUCUGUGUUUCUGCCGUCUGCUUCUCCGGCUUCGCAAGAGACAUUGGGAUGCUCCUGCCAACUGGAGGAAUUAUUCCCAAGCCAACAAGCAUGAGACUCAUGGGCAAGUGGGGAAAAUGGCCCAUUUGAAAAAUAGGGCAGAGAAACAGAAGCGGCAGCGGGAGAAGCUGGCCGCCAUUGAAGCUGGACUGACUGCUGGGAUAAAGGAUGAGCGUCCAAACCAAGGAAAGGGCAGAGGUGCAAAAGACAUGGCUCUGUACGACAUCCCAACUGUAGCAGGUGAAAAGAAAGACACUUUGGGGCCUCUGCCCAUCUCCUAUAGCCCACGCUAUGUUGAAGCUGCUUGGUAUGCUUGGUGGGUGAAAGAAGGAUUUUUCAAACCAGAAUACCAGCAUCAUUUGCUGAAUCAGAAGCCGGAAACAUUUUCUCUCUCUAUUCCUCCACCUAACGUCACAGGGUCUCUGCACCUGGGUCAUGCUUUGACUGUGGCUAUUGAAGAUGCUUUGGUACGGUGGAAAAGGAUGCAAGGCUAUAAAGUCCUGUGGGUUCCAGGUUCAGAUCACGCUGGAAUUGCCACUCAGGUUGUGGUAGAAAAAAAGAUCUGGAAGGAGCAGGGAGUCCGGAGAAAAGAGCUCACGCGAGAGGCAUUCCUCCAAGAAAUUUGGAACUGGAAAGAAGAAAAAGGGAAUGAAAUAUUUCAACAGCUGAAGGUGAUGGGGGCAUCACUGGAUUGGGACCGAGUCUGUUUCACCAUGGAUUCUAGAUUCUCCCAGGCAGUGACUGAGGCCUUUGUGCGACUGCAUGAGCAAGGCCUGGUAUAUCGAGACAGGCGCCUGGUGAACUGGUCGUGUGCUUUGAGGUCAGCCAUCUCUGACAUUGAGGUGGAGAACAGGCAGCUUGAAGGUCGGACAGAGCUCUCAGUGCCUGGUGUCCCAGGCAAAGUACCAUUUGGACUCUUGGAGACAUUUGCGUAUAAGGUGGAAGGAGAGGAAGGUGAGGAGCUUCCUGUAGCCACAACCCGCCCAGAGACGAUGUUAGGCGACGUGGCAGUUGCUGUCCAUCCAGAUGACCCACGGUAUACACAUCUCCAUGGGAAGAGGCUCUGUCAUCCAUUCACUGGGCAGCUCAUACCUGUCAUUACAGAUGCCUUGGUGGAGCAGAAGAUGGGCACAGGGGCUGUGAAAGUGACACCAGCACAUAAUUAUGCCGACUAUGAAUUGGCUCAUAGGCAUGGACUGCCUUUGCUUUCCGUGAUUGAAGAAGAUGGUACAAUGACUGCAGAGUGUGGGGAAUGGCUGCAGGGCCUGAAUAGGUUUGUGGCCCGAGAGAAGGUGUUGGCUGCUUUGAAGGAGAAAGGUCUUUACCGAGGUGCAAAAGAACAUCCCUUGGUGCUUUCUCUUUGCAGCCGCUCAGGGGAUGUGAUUGAAAUUCUCCUAAAGAGCCAGUGGUUUGUCCGGUGUGAAGCAAUGGCUCAUAAGGCCUUAGAGGCUGUGGAAUCUGGAUGCCUGAAGUUAAUGCCUGAAUUUCAUGAGAAGAACUGGAAAACUUGGCUCUUGAGUACCGGUGACUGGUGUAUUUCCCGCCAGCUCUGGUGGGGUCAUCAGAUUCCAGCCUAUCGAGUCACUGUUUCUGGGUUGCCUGGCGUUGGAGAGGAGGAGAGUGAUGGAUCCUGGGUAGUGGGUAGAACAGAAGCAGAAGCUCGGAGAAAAGCAGCAUGCGUGUUGGGAAAAUCAGAAAAGGAUCUGGUGCUGGUGAGAGAUGCUGAUGUCUUAGAUACCUGGUUCUCCUCUGGCCUCUUUCCUUUUGCUGCACUGGGCUGGCCCCAUAAUACAGAAGACCUCAAGCAAUUUUAUCCCAAUGGCCUCUUGGAAACAGGAAGCGACCUUUUAUUCUUCUGGGUGGCCCGGAUGGUGAUGCUGGGAAAACAACUAACAGGAGAGCUACCUUUUUCUCAGGUAUUCCUUCACACAAUGGUCCGUGAUGCUCAUGGCCGGAAGAUGAGUAAAUCUCUUGGGAAUGUGAUUGACCCUCUGGAUGUUAUCCAUGGGGCUCCUUUGCAGAUUUUACAGGAGAAGCUUCGAAGUAGUAAUUUGGAUCCAAGAGAGGUUGCCAUUGCUGUGGAAGGCCAGCGCCGAGAUUUCCCUCAAGGAAUUCCUGAAUGUGGCACAGAUGCUUUAAGGUUUGCCCUCUGCACAUAUUUCGCACAAGGCAAUGGCAUUAACCUGGAUGUAGCCACAGUGGAGAAUGCUAAUCGCUUUUGCAACAAGGUGUGGAAUGCCCUGAAGUUCACUUUGGCAGCCUUGGGAGAAGGAUUUAACCCACUGGAUCCAGAGGAGGUCUUCCCUAACUCCCCAAUGGAUAAGUGGAUCCUCAGCCGUUGCUAUCACACAGCAGUAGACUGUGCUCACUGGUUUGAGAAAUAUGAACUGCAUUCUGUUGCCUCUUCGGUCCAUCUUUUCUGGCUGUGUGAUUUUUGUGAUGUCUACUUGGAAUCUGUAAAACCCAUAUUGAGGAGUGGGGAUCCAACUCGGCUCCUAGUCACCCGCCAGACAUUGUACUCCUCUGUGGACGUGGCUCUGCGCCUUCUCUCUCCCUUUAUGCCUUUCCUCACAGAGGAGCUAUGGCAGCGACUUCCCAAGACUUCCCGGUCUCCUCCCAGCAUCUGUGUGGCCAAAUACCCCAGCAAAGAGCAGCUGACUCAUUGGUGUCAUCCUGAGGAAGAAGCAAACUUUCUGUUGGUACAGGAAGUCAUCAAAGUAGUGCGUAAUAUAAGGGCGACAUAUCAGCUCACUAAAGCUCGGCCAACAGUGUAUGUCAUCUGCCAAGAGACAGUUCCACUUGGUGCCUAUAAGAACUACCAGGACGCAUUGCAAACGUUGUCCUUGGCUGGAUCUCUGAGGAUUCUCCCAGACUUUGAAGGAGCAGAGCCGCUUGCAAGCUGUGUGAUUGCAAGGGCAAACGAUCACACCGACAUCUAUGUAGAUCUCCAGGGAUUCGUUGACCCCCAGAAGGAGCUCCUCAAAUUGACAUCUCGGUGGCAGAAACUGGAUCGGCAGCUGGCAGAUCUCACUGUACGGAUGGAAGGGAGCAGGUAUCGGGAGCAGGCCUCCCUCAAGGCCAGGACUGCCCACCAGCAAAAGAUCUCCUUGCUUCGCUCAGAGUUGGAGAAGGUGGAACAGGCUGUAACAACCUUUCAGAAGAUGACUACGAAGUAAAGAUUGCCUCUGGAUAGGAACGAGUAAUGAGAACCAGCAGAAUUAAAUGUAUUCCAGAUAACUGGAUACAUUCUGAGACAGAAGAGACCAAGCACUAGGGAAGCUGCUGGAAAGUUCAUAGGGUCCUGAAGCAACACAUUUUGUGAUGGAGCUCAUCUGCUGAGACCAGUGUGUACUGCCUUCGUUUGGCCACUGGGAGUCAACAGCUAAAUUCUAGAAACCUCUUUAUACAGACUUGCAACAAAACUCAUAGCACUCCCAUAAAAGAGAUAUUUCUGUGUAGCAAAAUUCAACCAUGACUGCAAGGGCUGAGAGCUAUAAGAAUGUCUAGAACCCUUGUAUGACCAGUAGUGGUCACUCUUUUGACUCAGGAAAGCCACACAUUAUUCAUAUUUCUUGGAAGGUAAAGCAUCAGGUAUUCCAAUUCUUUCUGCAUUCUGCCUGAUUCUUCUUAAGUGAUGAAUUCACACAUUGUGUAUGUGUAAUUUUGGUUGUCUUUGGCGAUAGCAGUUCACCUAAUCAUGGAAGUUGGAAUUUUGCUCUUGUGAGAGCAUCGAAAAAGCUUUCGGGAAGCUGUUCCAUUUAUUAUAUCAGUUUUCAUGAGUGUACUCCAGGAAAUGUUUAAAAUACUUCAUUUGGAAAAAGAUUAUACAAAGAACCCUUGGCUGGUUAUAUUAAUUAUACAGAUUUGAAAGACCCUGACUUUGAAAAAAAAUGCAUAUUUCAUUAGAACUUGAAAUGAGAUAUUAGAUGGUUUGAAAUGUAUAUAUUUUAUUAAAAUGCAAUGGAGUGGAAGAAACUGGCCAAA